UCAAAUUGGUAUUUAGUCCGCAAAUUAACCCACUAUGCCCGGUUAGGGUUAAAUGCAAUCAGCUGAUUUUGUUUACACCGUCUAAAGUUCAUUUCAUUUUUUCGCCCACUCUACGAUUAGAUUGGUUUGGUGAAGGCAACAAGUAUGUUUACUAAUUUAAUCGUACGGCGUGGAUUUUGCUUAAAUCAACUUUUUUGCAGACGGUACAGUAAGAUGAAGAAUGACCGCUCAGUAAAAGUUCCUGUUCAGCAGGGUAUAGUGGUAGGUCGGGAGCGCGAACUGCCGAGUGGAUUAAAAUACGAAUGCUUCUUGGGAGUGCCCUAUGCGGUUCCCCCAGUGGGAAAGCUACGUUUUCGGGUGAGUUUUCGGGCUACAAUUUCGGCUUUAAUAAUAUCAUCUUCACAGAGUCCGGUGCCGCUCGAGCACUUCGAUGCUGAUGAGUUGGACUGUACCAAGGAGGGCGAUGUUUCGCAUCAGCGGGACCCAUUAACACAAAGUGUGGUCGGCUCAGAGAACUGCCUUUUUCUCAACGUGUUUACACCCAAGAAGAGAACGACGGAAAAACUUCCUGUUAUGGUGUGGAUACAUGGAGGGGGUUUCUUUUUUGGAAAUGGCAAUAGCGACUAUCACUUUCCAGCCAAGCUUUUAGAGCAAGACGUAGUGGUGGUGACCUUGAACUAUCGUCUGGGCGCACUGGGUUUUCUGUAUUUACCCGAGGAAGGAAUCCACGGCAAUGCAGGUCUGAAAGACCAGCGGCUGGCUUUGCAGUGGGUUCAAGAAAACAUUGCUAAUUUUAACGGUGAUCCCAAGAAUGUGACGUUGUUUGGUGAAAGCGCCGGUGCGGCCUCCGUACAAUUGCAUACAUACUCAAAACAUGCCAACAAACUGUUCCAUAAGGCCAUCAUGCAGAGUGGCACGGCGAAUAUGGAAUGGGUGCUACAAAAUCAGCCCGAAUAUAAGACCCGACGCUUGACUGAGCUCCUUGGUGGGAGCAUAGAUGAUUCUCAAUCAAUACUCAAGUUCUUACAGUCUCCAAAAGUAACGCCAUUGGCCAUGCUUGCCAAUACAAUGGCGUUACUGACGCCCGAUGAGCGUCGUCGUCAUUUGCCUUUGCCUUUUAAGCCCGUCGUUGAGCAAUCCACCAGUCCAGACAGUUUCAUUGAUGUUAAUAUAAUGGAUUUACUCUACGAGAAGGACCGUUUGAAUGGAAUGCCUGUUAUUAUGGGGUACACAUCAGCUGAGGGCAUUGCCAUGGUGGUAAAUGCAAAACGCAAGCUAGAUAUUUAUGAUCAGGAUUUGGCGCGCCUGGUGCCGAGGAAUUUGGUUGUGGAGCCCAAUGCAGCGGAAGCAUUAGAAGCGGCAAAGGAUAUGCGGGCCUUCUAUUUUAAUGGACAGGCCUUAACGUCGCAAAGUUUGGAUAAUUUGGUCGACCUUCUUACUGACUUUCAUUUCAACAUUGACCUCCAACACGCCGCAGAGAUACAUGCCCAUCGCCAGACUUCAUCGCCACUCUAUUUCUAUCGCUUUGAUUAUGUGGGCAAUCGAAAUAUGUAUAAGCGUAUGUUGCAGUGCGAAAAACUUCGAGGUGCCUGUCAUGGAGAUGAGCUAUUCUAUUUAUUCCAAAUGUCAGAUGAUGAAUCGCCGAUGACUAAGGAGGAUGAUGCAGUGUCUCACCGAAUAUGUGAAAUGUGGGCGAAUUUUGCAAAACACGGAAGACCUUCAAGAGAUUGGACACCCGUUCAGCCCCAUAGUGACAAGAAUCAAGCUUACCAGUUGGACUAUUUCAGAAUAGAUCGGGAGUGUGGAAUGCGGCGUAAUCCCGAUGGAGAGCGCAUUGAAUUUUGGCGCAGCAUGUACAAAAGAUACAAACCUAACUGCUAUGAGGCUCUGAGAGCUAAGCUAUAGUUAACACAUUUUCGUGAGAAUUGCAUCAAAAUUACACAAAUUUUCGGAUUGUGUAAUAACAAGAAUUUAAAACAAUUUUUAACGCUUUUUAGAUGUUUCUUUACGUUUAACAAGUUGUGUUGUCAUGAGAAAAAAUUAUGUUUUAUACAAGUAACUCGAAGCUGGAGUAUGUAAAUAGCAGUUAAUUGUACACAAUGCUGCUCAAUCGCAA